UGGUGGGGGUGCAGGUGGUGGAUUGGGUGGUGGCCACAUGCUUGGAGGAGCAGGAGGAGGAUUGGGCGGUGGUGGAGGACUUGGCAGUGGCCAUGGGCUGGGUGGAGGUGCAGGAGGUGGAUUGGGUGGUGGUGGAGGACUUGGCGGUGGCCAUGGGCUGGGAGGAGGUGCAGGAGGUGGAUUGGGUGGUGGUGGAGGACUUGGCAGUGGCCAUGGGCUGGGUGGAGGUGCAGGAGGUGGAGUGGGUGGUGGUGGAGGACUUGGCGGUGGCCAUGGGCUGGGUGGGGGUGCAGGAGGUGGGUUGGGUGGUGGUGGAGGACUCGGUGGGGGCCAUGGGCUUGGUGGAGGUGCAGGAGGUGGACUAGGACGGGGUGGAGGACUAGGUGGUGGCCAUGGGCUGGGAGGUGGGGGCGGAUUAGGUGGUGGUGCAGGUGGUGGAGCUGGAGGAGGGCUCGGUGGAGGUGGUGGUGCUGGAGGAGGAGCUGGAGGAGGGCUCGGUGGAGUUGGUGGUGGUGGUGGAGGUUUUGGAGGUGGAGGAGGAUUUGGUGGUGGUGGUGGAGUUGGGGGAGGAUUUGGAGUUGGUGGUGGAUUUGGCAAAGGUGGAGGACUUGGUGGAGGGCUUGGGGCUGGUGGGGGUGGCCUCGGUGGAGGUGGAGGUGGGGGAGGGGGUGCUGGCUUUGGCGGCGGAGCUGGCUUUGGUGCUGGCGGUGGAGGUGGACACUAGUAAUACACAUUGCGUGAAUAAUAUCUCAAAGUACUUAAAAGUCCUAAUCAUUUCACUCCAAAUAUCCAGCUUCCUGUUUAUGAUUUUUGUUUUCCCUUUUUGUUUAAUGAAAUGUUAUAUUAAGGAUUAAUUUGUUUUCUGAUUUGCCAUCGUAAAGUCUUUUUUCCUUUGUUCAGAAAACUUGUGGUAAUGUCAUUGUUGAAAUAUAAAUUGUGUUAUCUUAUAGUGCAUGCAUGCGUAUCAAAAUUAAGCACAUUGUAAGAUGGAUAUAUUAUCUAAUGCAAAUAAAAUUGUACUUUA